GCGAGCUGCCCCCGGCUCCGGGCCGCGCAGCCCCGGGCCCGGCGGGCGCGGCCAUGGAGGUCUACAUCCCGUCCUUCCGCUACGAGGAGAGCGACCUGGAGCGCGGAUACACGGUGUUUAAAAUAGAAGUGCUAAUGAAUGGAAGAAAACAUUUUGUUGAGAAAAGAUACAGUGAAUUCCAUGCCUUGCACAAGAAGCUUAAGAAAUGUAUAAAAACUCCAGAAAUCCCAUCUAAACAUGUUCGGAACUGGGUCCCAAAGGUGUUGGAACAACGACGACAAGGCUUAGAAACGUAUUUACAGGCUGUCAUUUUAGAAAAUGAAGAACUUCCCAAACUCUUUCUUGAUUUCCUGAAUGUAAGACACUUGCCCUCUCUACCGAAAGCAGAAAGUUGUGGGUCUUUCGAUGAGAUGGAGUCUGAAGAGUCCAGCAAACUGUCCCACCAGCCGGUGCUGCUGUUCCUCAGGGACCCAUACGUCUUGCCUGCAGCCAGCGGGUUUCCAGAUGUGGUUAUUGACGGAGUUCUUCACGGGCUCUUCUGUCCCCACGUGCAGCCAAGGUAGAAAUCCUGCGUGGCUCUGGGACGCCGAAGCGACUUCCAACAUCGUAGGCGUGGAAAUCAAUUUCUACCAAAUUAACCGAAACUCCAUGACACAACAGCUCUGGCCAGUGGGAAAAUUCAUAGUCCCAGCUUAAUUCAGGGCAAGGACGUUUCCAUUAGACGGUGCUUUUAAAACUAGAGCCUGAACGUGGGGGGAGGGGUCAGGUUAAGGCCAAGGGUGCAAGGUGGCCGGCAGGGAUCCUAGAACAGCAGCGUCUGCAGGCAGAGCCGGGCUGCGCCUCGGCACGGUGUCUGCUGAUUGGACGUCACACCCGGAAUCUUACUGACACAGAGGAAGUCGGGGGCCUUCCGUUCCAAUCUCAUGACACACUAAUCCUUGCACUGUGAGCAUCACCGAGCUGCGUGUGAGGGAGAAUCAAACUGGAGAUCACUUAUACUGACAGGAGUGCACACUGAAAAACCGUGGCGUCUCAAGGCUUCUGUUGUGGCGGAGUUGUGUCGUGUCCAGAAGAGAGCUUCUCAAGACGGUGUGCGGGAUGAAAUGGGUAUGGGGACAGUCCUUGAAAUCCCUGUAGAAAGACACUAUGUGGCAUGUCUGAGCUCUACUGGCCUUUUCUGUAGUGUCGUCAGAAGAUGUGUGUUCUUUCAAAGGCCAGCUGACAGUGCUGGUGGCUUUUCUGGGGCCAUGUGGCAUAAAAGACCCAUCCUUUGAGCAUUAGUCACACUGUAGGGUCUUGCCUAGUACGAAGUGCGCUUGAGCGGACCAGGACUGCAGCUGGACCGGGCGGGCCACAUUCGCUGGGUCUCCCCAAGGGUGUGCGUCUGCGGAUCAGGGCUACUGCCACGGGAGUCCACAUGACUGCUGUCAUGGGCCCCUUCCCUGAUGUUCGGGUUCAUGUGCAUGACAUGUGUUUGUGCUGUGAUUCCACUGGGUGUUACACAGAAGCAUCUCUUGAGCAGCAGAGGGUCAAGGCGUACAUGUCUCCUGUGCACGUGUGCAUCCGUGGGCAUUCCAGGAAAAUGAGUUGGCAGUUAGCCGAGGCAUAGUCGUCACGUCUGGUAAGCUUCAGCGCGGGAGAACCAGGUUUCAAAGUGAAAGUGAUAACCACAUCGUGCGCUUCUGACUAGGAUUCAACCUACAGGUUGAGAGCCUGCUGCGAACUUUUAAGAUAGGUUUCCAUGAUGGAUUAUGUUAUUACAUGUAGGGAGUAAGAAUGAGGUAAUUCAGUGUCACCAACCAAAAAUAACUGGAUAGUCAUGUAUUGGAGAUACUUUUUAAAUGUUUUCAUGUUACUAGAUAUUUUGAUUUAAAUAAAAAGGAAAAAUUUGAA